AUGAGAAAGAGCAUUUUCAGCUCUUCUCUCCCUUCUGCCUGCAAAACAAUCUUCUUCUUCUUCUCUUCUGUGCUGUCUUCAUGGGACCCAUCUAGUCAAACACCAUGUUCAUGGCAAGGCAUAACCUGCUCUCCCCAAAACAGAGUCAUCUCACUCUCUCUCCCCAACAUUUUCCUCAACCUUUCUUCUUUGCCUCCACAGCUCUCUUCUCUCUCAUAUCUUCAGCUUCUCAACCUCUCCUCCACCAACAUUUCAGGCACAAUCCCUCCUUCCUUUGGCCAACUCACCCAUCUUCGCCUCCUUGACCUCUCCGCCAAUUCUCUCACUGGUUCCAUUCCCCCAGAGCUGGGCAAUCUCUCUGCUCUUCAGUUCCUCUUCUUGAAUUCCAACAGAUUGUCUGAUAAAAUGCCUCAGCAACUUGCUAACCUCACUUCACUUCAAGUCCUUUGCCUCCAAGACAAUCUCAUCAACGGUUCAAUCCCAUCACAACUGGGCUCUCUGGUCUCCCUCCAACAGUUUCGUGUCGGUGGGAAUCCGUAUAUAUCCGGAGAAAUUCCAUCACAGUUAGGCCUACUCACCAAUCUCACAACCUUUGGUGCCGCGGCUACCGGGCUUUCGGGGACGAUCCCAUCCACAUUUGGGAACUUAGAACUUGUAUUUGCACAUGAACAAGCUCACUGUUCAAUUCCUCCACAACUGGGAAAGUUGCAAAAGCUCACUAGCCUGCUUCUUUGGGGCAAUGCAUUAUCAGGACCAAUCCCAGCUCAGAUUUCAAAUUGUUCUUCACUUGUUAUUCUGGAUGCUUCUGCUAAUGAUCUCUCUGGCGCAAUUCCAAGAGAUAUAGGGAAGCUGGUGGUUCUUGAACAGCUUCAUCUUUCGGAUAAUUCGCUUACUGGGACAAUACCAUCUCAGCUGAGCAACUGUACAAGCCUUACUGCUCUUCAACUUGACAAGAACCAAUUAUCAGGUACAAUUCCAUGGCAAGUUGGUAAUUUGAAAUCCUUGCAGAGUUUCUUCUUGUGGGGUAAUUUAGUAUCUGGAACUAUACCAUCUUCAUUCGGGAACUGCACUGAACUUUAUGCACUUGAUCUUUCAAGAAACAAGCUUACUGGGUCAAUCCCAGAAGAGAUUUUCAGUUUGAAGAAGCUGAGCAAGCUCUUGCUUCUGGGAAAUUCCUUAUCGGGCGGGUUGCUGCCAAGUGUUGCACAUUGUCAAUCUCUAGUCAGGUUAAGACUUGGAGAAAACCAGCUUUCAGGACAAAUUCCUAAGGAGAUAGGCCAACUGCAAAACCUUGUCUUUCUUGACUUGUACAUGAAUCAUUUCUCUGGAGGCCUUCCAGUUGAGAUUGCCAACAUCACAGUUCUGGAACUAUUGGAUGUGCACAACAACUAUAUAAGUGGUGAAAUUCCAUCUGAGCUUGGGGAGCUUGUGAAUAUGGAGCAACUUGAUCUCAGCCGAAACAGCUUCACUGGCGAAAUUCCUUGGAGCUUUGGAAACUUAAGUUACUUGAACAAGCUCAUCAUCAACAAUAAUCUACUCACAGGCUCAAUACCGAAAUCUAUUCGGAACUUGCAGAAGCUAACUUUGCUGGAUUUGAGCUUCAACAGCCUCUCUGGUCCAAUCCCACCUGAAAUUGGUCAUGUGACAAGCUUGACAAUCAGUUUGGACUUGAGCUCAAAUAGUUUUACAGGAAAAAUCCCAGAGACAAUGGAGGGUUUGACACAAUUGCAAUCAUUGGAUCUUUCUCAUAAUAUGCUCUUUGGAAACAUUAAGGUUCUUGGUUCUCUAACUAGUCUCACUUCUCUAAAUAUCUCCUGCAACAAUUUCUCAGGUCCUAUACCAGUUACGCCGUUCUUCAGAACUCUCUCUUCAAGUUCAUAUCUUAAGAACCCACAUCUUUGUGAGUCUGCUGAUGGGACUACUUGUUCUUCAAGUCUAAUGCAGAAGAAUGGUUUAAAAUCCGCGAAAACUGUUGCUUUAAUCUCUGUGAUUCUGGCAUCAGUAACCAUAGCAGUUAUUGCCUCAUGGAUUGUUGUUAUGCGAAAUCAUAGGUAUAUGGUAAAGAAAUCUUUAGGAGCAUUGGCAUCGUCAUCGGGAGCUGAAGAUUUCUCUUAUCCGUGGACCUUCAUCCCAUUUCAGAAGCUAAAUUUCACCAUUGACAACAUCUUGGAUUGUCUCAAGGAUGAAAAUGUGAUCGGGAAAGGUUGUUCUGGGAUUGUCUAUAAAGCUGAAAUGCAGAACGGAGAUUUGAUUGCGGUGAAAAAGCUGUGGGAAAACAAAACAAGAGGAAGAACCGAUAGACUCUUUCGCUGCAGAAAUUCAAAUUCUUGGACACAUUCGCCAUCGGAACAUUGUGAAGCUCCUAGGAACUUGGACUGGGAAACUAGGUACAAGAUUGCAAUUGGCUCAGCUCAAGGUUUAGCAUACCUUCACCACGAUUGCGUCCCGGCAAUUCUUCACAGGGAUGUGAAGUGCAAUAACAUACUCUUGGAUUCAAAGUAUGAAGCUUAUCUCGCAGAUUUUGGUCUGGCAAAGUUGAUGAACUCUCCAACUUACCACCAUGCAAUGUCCAGAGUAGCUGGCUCUUAUGGUUAUAUUGCACCAGAGUAUGGAUACACAAUGAACAUAACAGAGAAAAGUGAUGUCUAUAGCUAUGGUGUGGUUUUGCUGGAGAUCCUAAGCGGUCGUAGUGCUGUUCAGCCACAGAUUGGUGAUGGGCUACACAUUGUUGAAUGGGUGAAGAAGAAGAUGGGAAGCUUCGAACCAGCUGUAUCAAUACUAGAUGCAAAGCUCCAAGGUCUGCCAGAUCAAAUGGUGCAAGAGAUGCUGCAAACACUCGGAAUAGCAAUGUUCUGCGUAAACUCUUCGCCGGCAGAACGGCCGACCAUGAAGGAAGUGGUGGCAUUGCUAAUGGAGGUUAAGAGCCAACCUGAAGAAUGGGGAAAAACUUCCCAACCCCUAAUAAAGCAGUCUUCAGCUCAAAGUUAA